AUGUCUUUCCGCUAUACUUCGCGGAGAUUGCAACUUCAGAGGCUGCUGAGCCCAAAGGCUCGUCCUAUCAAUGCGUCUGGCAGGCAGACGGGUUCGCCGUGGCAGACAACAUGUCGGGGCGUUGCUUCGACGCCCACGGCUGAGAGAGUGCUAUUCCCCGGUGCCUUGAACAGCGAGUUCACAAACACCAUGGAGUUUAUGCAUCCGUCAAAGGAAAAGGCCAUUUCCACCUACCGCGUCAUGGACCAGUACGGAGAGAUAAUAAACAAGGAGGUUGGGGUCGAGACUUCGGAUGAAGAGGCAUUGUCACUGUACAAGAACAUGGUUAAGCGUCAGUGGAAUGGAUAUCUUGCUUUAGGGCCUGCGGCUGACACGGCACAAUUAUCAUUCUACAUGGUCUCUGCCGGCGAAGAAGGCAUUGCCAUCGGCUCCGCCAGCGCCCUCUCCCCCUCGGACGUCAUCUUCUGCCAAUACCGCGAAUCAGGCGUCUACCUCCAACGCGGCUUCACCCUCUCCUCCUUCAUGAAUCAGCUCUUUGCAAACUCCAAAGACAAUGGCCUGGGACGCAACAUGCCCGUUCACUAUGGCAGCAAAGAACUCAAUAUCCACACCAUCAGCUCCACCCUCGCAACCCAGAUCCCACAUGCAGCCGGCGCCGCCUACGCACUGAAAAUGCAAAACAUCCAAAACCCGGACACCGAGCCCCGAGUCGCAGUCUGCUACUUUGGCGAGGGCGCUGCUAGUGAAGGCGAUUUCCACGCCGCUCUCAACAUUGCUGCUACCCGCCAGGUCCCCUGCAUCUUCAUCUGCCGCAACAACGGGUACGCCAUUUCCACACCAACCUCAGAUCAGUACCGGGGCGACGGCAUCGCUUCCCGCGGCGCAGGCUACGGCAUCGCAACCCUCCGCGUCGACGGCAACGACAUCUUCGCCGUGCGCCGCGCCACCUCGCACGCACGGCGCCUCGCCCUCCAAGACGGCGGCCAGCCCGUCUUGAUAGAAAUGAUGGCCUACCGCGUCGGCCACCACAGCACCUCGGACGACUCCUUCGCGUACCGCCAGCGCGUCGAAGUCGAGGACUGGAAGCGCCGCGACAACCCCAUUACGCGCCUCAGAAAAUGGCUCGAGAGCCGCCAGCUAUGGGAUGAGGAUAAAGAAAAGGAGGCACGGAGUGCGAUGCGCAAGGAAGUCCUACGCGCAUUUGAAGAGGCGGAGAAGGAAAAGAAGCCCUCGAUUUGCAAUGCGUUUGAGGGCGUUUGGGAGAGUCUGACGGAGGAGCAGAGGGCGCAUGCGGAGGAGUUGAAGGAUGUGCUUGAGAGGUAUCCCAAGGAGUAUGAUCUUGACGGGUUUGAGGGCGGGAUUAGGGGGUUGGAGGAUAUGCUUAAGAGGAAGUGA